UGCAGAUAAGAGAUGUUUUGAAAGCAGCCUGUGUGUGCGGUUAGCAGACAGCCUGUCAGUGAGGUUGGGGCAGUGUGAAAGGAGGCAAUGUGGACGCUGGCAUCGUGACCAGAGCAUGGACAGACGUGGUAGUGUGGUGGAGCCGCAGAGCGGACUCCCCUCACCCAGUCCACGAGACCCCCUGCUCAGUCCUGACUCACACAUGGAUGUUCAGGGUUAUAAGUGGGUGCGCUGGCGGGUGUGGUUAUGUCGUCUGGCUGCCGUGCUGUCCUUGGGUCUCCUCCUGAUUAUGUUUCACUGGCGCCCACGGCUUGCUGUCCUUGCACGCUGCUGCUCCUGCCCUCUGGCUUUGGCAGAUAUUCUGCUAAUAAGGGACAGUUUUGGCAAGCAGCAUGUGGUGGAGGUCCUCACAGAGGAGAUGGAGGAGGGCAGUUUGGACUUGUUGGGAGAGCUGGAGGACACUGAAUGGAGAGAUACAGUACAGCUGUACAAGGAGGAGAAAACGCUGCUGCGCUACUACCUGUUUGAAGGAUUACGCUACAUUUGGAUAGACAGGAAAGGAACUUUCUGUCGUGUUAGUGUCCUCAAUGAGGACUGGACCUGCAAGGACCUGUAUGGCUUCCAAAAGGGCCUGAGUCACCUGGAGCAGAACUUGAGGAAACGUGUGUAUGGGCCCAACCUUAUUGAUGUGCCUGUGAAGCCUUACAUGAAACUGCUGUUUGAGGAGGUCCUCAACCCAUUCUAUGUGUUCCAGUUGUUCAGCAUCACCCUGUGGAUGAUUGAUCACUAUUUUGUUUACGCCAUAUGUAUACUCAUUAUCUCAAUUCUUUCCAUCUGCAUCUCACUUUACGAGAUCCGCAAGCAAAGCAUCACUAUUCGCAACAUGGCCCGGUUUGUCACAAAUGUCACAGUACGGAGAAACUCAGGAGAAUGAGAGCAUGCUCACAGGAGAAAGUGUCCCAGUGCUGAAAACCCCACUGCCAGCUGGGGAGAGGACGUACAGCUCAGAGACAGAGCGCAGACACACCCUCUUCUGCGGUACCCAGCUCAUUCAGGCCAAAGGAGGAGGGCAGGAAGGCAGCGGUGCCAUUGCUGUGGUCACAAGUACCGGGUUUUUCACAGCCAAAGGUAACCUGGUCAGCUCCAUAUUGUACCCUCAGCCGACUAACUUCCGCUUCUACCGAGAUUCUGCCAAGUUCCUGCUUGUCCUGAGUUUUGUUGCUUUAUUUGGCACUGUUUACAGCUUUGUGGUCCUCUUCACAUCCAAUGCGACUUGGCUGGAAUUGGUGAUUAGGAGCCUGGAUAUUGUGACUAUCGCAGUGCCCCCUGCCCUGCCUGCUGCCAUCACCACUGGCACUAUCUACGCCCAGCACAGGCUGAAGAAACAGGGCGUUUUCUGCAUCAGUCCACCACGCAUCAACAUCAGUGGCAAGGUCUCAGUCUUCUGCUUUGACAAGACAGGAACUCUUACAGAGGACGGUCUGGAUGUGUGGGGAGUGAUGGAGGGGGGGCCUUCUGGUUUCUCUGAGCUGGUCCCAGAGCCCAGACUCCUGCCCACAGGGCACAUGCUCUCAGGUCUGGCAUGCUGUCACACUGUGACUCUGUUGCGAGGUGAGCCCCUUGGAGACCCUCUGGAGCUCAAGAUGGUCGAAUCCACCGGUUGGACACUCCAGGAGCCGGAGGGAGAUGGAAAGGUGCUGGAUGCGGAGUUUGGAGGCCACAGAGUUUUGGCUGUUAUGAGACCUCCUACUCAACAGCUCUCAGCUCAAGGACCUUCCACAAGGGAGGCGGUGGCCAUUGUUCAGAGGUUUCCCUUCUCAUCGGCCCUGCAGAGGAUGAGUGUGGUGACGGUUGCCCGGGGGGGACACUCAGCUCUUGCUUUCAUCAAAGGAUCCCCAGAGAUGGUAGCUAGCCUCUGCCGAGCAGAAACUGUGCCGGAGCAGUUCUCCAGCAAGCUGCGUAACUUCUCCAGUGAAGGCCUCAGGGUUCUUGCACUCGCCUAUAAACCAUUAGACAGGAGCACUGACUUUAGGAGCAUUGAACGAGGGGAGGUAGAGAAAGACAUGCAGUUCCUGGGCUUGCUGAUGAUGAAGAACCUGGUGAAGCCAGAGAGUGCCAAGGUUAUUAACGUCCUGAGACUGGCAAACCUUCGCAGCGUCAUGGUCACUGGAGACAACAUUUUAACAGCAGUCAAUGUAGCAAAAAGCUGUGGGAUGGUGGGGUCUGAUGAGAAGGUGAUAUUCGUCAAUGCAACCCCCCACACUGCCCAGUCCAUGCCCACCCUCAGGUUCACCCUGGAAGACGGAGGGACCACUAACGCCCAAAGCUCUGUAGAAGUCAUCACUCAGGGCCUGUACCAGGGUGGAUAUGGCUAUCACUUGGCUAUUAGUGGCAAGUCCUAUGCUGCCCUCUGUGACCACUUCCCCGAGUACCUGCCAAAGGUUUUGUUGCGAACCACAGUAUUUGCACGCAUGGGUCCUGACCAGAAAACCCAGCUGGUGAAGGAGCUGCAGAAACUAAACUACCGGGUUGGCAUGUGCGGGGACGGGGCCAAUGACUGCGGGGCCCUGAGAGCUGCUGAUGUCGGGGUUUCCUUGUCUGAAGCCGAGGCUUCAGUCGCUUCACCUUUCACUUCCAAGACUGACAACAUCAGCUGUGUGCCGCUGCUCAUCAGAGAGGGUCGAUGCUCUCUGGUCACCUCCUUCAGUCUCUUCAAAUACAUGGCCCUGUACAGCCUCAUUCAGUUGUGCGCCGUCCUCAUCCUCUACACAGUGAAGACGACCAUGGCGGACCUGCAGUUCCUGGUCUGUGACAUUUUUGUGGUAACUGCGCUGGCCAUCGUGAUGGGGAGAGGAGGCCCCAGUGAGGAGCUGCACCCCCGCAGACCCUCAGCCAGUCUGCUGGCCCUGCCUGUGCUGGGCAGCCUCUUCAUUAACACCUGUAUGAUCAUCCUGGGCCAGUUGUCUGCACUCUUCAUCACCACCUCACAGGACUGGUAUAUUCCACUCAAUUCCACCGUGUAUGGAACAUCCAAUCUGCCCAACAUGGAGGACACCAGUGUGUUUCUCUUGUCAGGUUUCCAGUACAUCAUCAUGGCUGUGGUGGUCACCAAAGGCUACCCUCACAAGAAACCGCUCUACUACAAUGUGAUUUUCCUCUGUAUACUGUGUGUCCUCUUUGCCAUGAUGACGUGGCUGAUGGUGUAUCCUGGGUCUAUUGUUUGCCAAUACCUUCAACUGUACGACUUCUCCGAUAUGAAUUUCAAAAUGCUGCUCGUCGCUGUGGCUGCUCUCAACUUCCUCCUUUGUUUCGUUGUGGAGGUGCUGAUAGAUUUGGGUAUCCUGAACUGUCUCCGGUUGCUGCGUGGGAAGCGUCAGUCAAAGAAACAAUAUAAACGUCUGAACAUCGUUCUGUCUAACUCCCCAUCAUGGCCGCCUCUUAAUCAAUCACUGUCUCCCACAAGCCAGGUCAUCAGCAUUAGCUAGCAUCUGCUUGCCCCUGUGUCGGACCCCGUCAGUCACCCAGGCCAAACUAUGCUGUCGGAUGUCUGAGCUGCAUCCCCAACUUGACCAACAAUGCAAACUCAUGUUUACCUGUAUAAAUAAAAACUAUUUUUAUGUAAACUAGUGUGUUUUCUAUCAAGUUAUGGUGAUUUAAUAGCGUGGUCCUGGUGGGUUUGCAUGUUUUAGCAAGGUAAAGGGUCAGUUUAGCCAGACCUCUCAUAUCUGACCAUGCAGUCUUCGUCUUAUAUUUGCAGGUUUUGAGAUUUUCGGCCAAAUACGGUGGAAGUGAACGGAAUUUCAUUAGCAGAGUUCAAACUUUUGAAAAAUGACAUCUGAAAUAUUCAACAGUACACAACUAUUUCCAUACAGACCUGUUACUCUGGAUACAUCUCACUGUGAUUCAUUAGAGCUACUUUCAGUGUUCCUCUUGAGUCUGAAUGCUACUUUGGACAUAAGCUCCUGCCACUCUAAUGUAAAGUAAUGAACAUGCAUCACAAAACCUUUUUUGCAAAUCAUUUUAUUAAAUCAGUAUUUACAGGCAGUUUGUGUUCUCACUCAGAGCUUAGCGGAACCCGUCGAUCUCCUGCUCCGCAGCUAGAUUUCCUGAACUAAAACCUCUUACCAGUAUUGUGAAUUCUCCCUCAGAUAUAUUCAGUUUCUUGAACUACAGUAAUAAGAUUACCAGGAAGUAAAGAUGUGAUACAGGAGGCACAAGCUGAAUUCAACCAUUACAAUAAUUUCUCUAUUGAUGAUGUGCACCACUGAAUAUGGCUUUAUUGAGAACUCUUCUCUGUUUGAACAAAUAAAAGGUGAAAAACCAAUAACAUCUACUGGGCACAAUGGUUGUGCUGAGCCAGGUAAUUACUACCCCUCUGGUUCACAUACAGCCGCGUCUCCACGUUCCAUUUCAGCAGUGGACCAUCAAUUACUGAACAAUCACACGGGGGUGAUGUUACGGUUUCGUUCGUGACCCAGAUGCAAGCAGUCAAAAA